AUGACUAAUGAGGGUGUCACUAUAGACAUUAGUUAUUAUCCUGGAAGUGCUGGAGGUCAAGUCAAACAAGAUGAGAAUGGGUACUUCUACAAUAGUGAUGAUGGAAGAGUUCUUCUAACGGAUGAUUGGUAUCCUGACCCAGAGGGAACUUACAGGAAGUUUACUCAUACUCCAAAAGGCGGAUGUGGCGUUAAAGAAAUUAAGAAGGGAGGAGUGCCUGCAAGUGAUAAACCUGGAGAUGGUAGUUCAAGUUCUAAUAAGAUCAAGGAACUGCUCGAGGAAGCCUAUGGAGGAUCUGGAGGUUCUUUGUUGAGUUACCUUGGACAAACACUUGGAGGUACUGUAGUAACAGGGACUCUCGGUUUUGGGGGCCACAAGAUCCUUGCCGUGUUAUGGCCCUUGUUGAAUCGUCAUGAUCCUUCUACUUCAUCUUAA